UAUAACAUUUAUAUUACGAAUGUAUAGUACAUUAUUAUAUUAAUAUUUCUUAUUUCUUAUUUAAAAUAAAUCUUUACAUCUCGAGAAAUGACUUCGAAAAAUAAAGAGGAUGAAGCUGUUUCCAAUUUUAGAAAAUAUUUACAGAUACCCACCGUCCAUCCCAAUGUUGAUUACAGUGAAUGUGUCCAAUUUCUACAGUUUCAAGCUGAAAGUAUUGGACUACCAUUUAAAACUUACUAUAUGGCACCAAAAAAACCAGUAGUUAUAAUUACACUACAUGGACAAAAACCUGAAUUACAAUCUGUGUUACUUACAUCCCAUAUGGACGUUGUACCAGUUUAUCCGGAAAAAUGGACAUAUGAUCCAUUUUUAGCUUACAAAGAUAAACAAGGAAAUAUAUACGCUAGAGGAGCACAAGAUAUGAAAUGCGUCGGCAUACAGUAUUUAGAAGCAAUAAGAAGAUUCAAGAAUAAUAAUUUAACUCUUGAUAGGACUAUUCACGUUUCUUUCAUGCCUGAUGAAGAAAUAGGAGGAAUUUUAGGUAUGGCUCAUUUUGUUAAGACCAAAGAAUUUCGUUCUUUGAAUAUUGGAUUUACAUUAGAUGAAGGUUUGGCAAGUAUAGACGAUGUUAUUCCUUUGUACUACGGCGAAAGAACAAUUUGGCAAUUCUACAUUCGAAGCACCGGUACGCCAGGUCAUGCCUCAUUACUUCAUGAUAAUACUGCUGCCGAAAAAUUGUUAUUCGUGGUAAACAAAAUAUUGAAUUGGAGGACAGAGGAAAAGUUAAAAUUGUCCCAUGGUAUGGAUAUCGGAGACGUUACAUCUGUGAAUAUGACAAUAUUGGAUGGGGGAUGUCAACUAAACGUUGUACCUCCAGAGCUUUCUGCUGGUUUCGAUGUUCGAUUGGCUACAAAUACAGACCGCCGUGCUAUAGAGGAUAUCAUAAUUGGAUGGUGUCACGAAGCUGGCGAGGGCGUAAGGCUAGAAGUUUUCAAAACAAAUGAACAGACCAUACCCACUAAACUAGAUGAUUCAAAUCCCUGGUGGUUAAAGUUUAAAAGUGAAUGUGAGAAAAUGAAGUUAAAACUAAAACCAUCUAUUUGUCCUGGAGCCAGUGAUAGCAGAUACAUCAGACUAAUUGGUAUUCCUGCAUUUGGAUUCUCUCCAAUGAUGUAUACACCUGUGCUUUUACACGAUCAUGAUGAAUAUUUGAAUGAAAAUACGUUUUUGAAUGGAAUCAAUAUUUAUUAUAACAUAAUCAAGGGUUUAGCAACUGAAUAAAAUCUGUUAUUUAUCUUCCAUCAUUUAAAAGUAAAAAACACUGAAUUAUUGA